GUAACUUUUUUGCUGGGAGAGAAGACUACGAAGCACAUUUUCCAGGAAGUGUGGGCUGCGACGAUUGUGUGCUCUUAACUAAUCCUGAGCAAGGCGGCCACUUUGACAGUCUUCUCAUGCUGCCUCUGCCACCUUCUUGGCCAGAAGAUACCAUUUCAAGUUCAACACAGCAUGAUCGAAACAUACAACCAACCUUCUCCCCGAUCUGUGGCUACUGGACAGCCCGCCAGCAUGAAAAUUUUUAUGUAUUUACUUACUAUUUUUCUUAUCACCCAGAUGAUUGGCUCAGCAUUUUUUGCUGUGUAUCUUCAUAGAAGGUUGGACAAGAUAGAAGAUGAAAGGAGUCUUCAUGAGGAUUUUGUAUUCAUGAAAACAAUACAGAGAUGCAACAAAGGAGAAGGGUCCUUAUCCUUGCUGAACUGUGAGGAGAUUAGAAGCCAGUUUGAAGGCUUCGUCAAGGAAAUAAUCCUAAACAAAGAGAAGAAGAAAGAAAACAGCUAUGAAAUGCAAAAAGGUGAUCAGAAUCCUCAAAUUGCAGCACAUGUCAUAAGUGAGGCCAGUGGCAAAACAGCAUCUGUUCUACAGUGGGCUGAAAAAGGAUACUACACCAUGAGCAACAACUUGGUAACUCUCGAAAAUGGGAAACAGCUCACCGUUAAAAGACAAGGACUCUAUUACAUCUAUGCCCAAGUCACCUUCUGCUCCAACCAGGAAGCUUCGAGUCAAGCUCCAUUUAUAGCCAGCCUCUGCCUGAGGUCCAUGGGUGGAUCUGAGAGAAUCUUACUCAGAGCGGCAAAUACCCACAGUUCCUCCAAACCUUGUAGGCAGCAAUCCAUCCACUUGGGAGGAGUGUUUGAAUUGCAAGCGGGUGCUUCGGUGUUUGUCAAUGUGACUGAUCCAAGCCAAGUGAGCCACGGAACUGGCUUCACGUCCUUUGGCCUACUCAAACUCUGAACAGUAUAACCUUGCAG